AUGGAUGACCUCAUAUCCCUAUCGCUAGAAGCAGAGGAAACCUACUUUGAAGGUACAUGGUUUACUCUUUUUCCUGAAUUGAACACGUUUUCUCCUCCACCUCUUCUUCAAGAGUUCUAUUUACAUGGAGGCUUAAUUGAGAUGCCCGUGUGGCUUGCCUCCAUGGAAAACCUCGCCCCCUAUUUUAUCCGCUUCUUAUCUAUAGAAGAAUCCAACUUCAGUCCUUCAGUUCCCAAAUUGAAGCUCUCGGCCUUUUUGAAGGCUACAAAGCAAAGCACAUUGGCAAAGAAUUUUGCAAUGCUGCUGGAUCUAAAGCAUAUAUUCAAUAAAGUAUACCAUCCUCCGCUGUCUUGUAUUCUUAGACUUGUGGAAUCUCAGUAG